AUGUCUUCUCCCAGACUCAUUCCCCUGUGGAAGGAUUUUAAAUACCUCCUAAAUGACACCAUAAAUAGGAGAAAGGAUCCUCUAGACGACUUGAAGACUGAAGUUGUUGUGCUGAGUGACCGUUCUCAGAUACUUUCCCAUCUUAUUGUCUUCUAGGCUGUAGUAUGGAUGAGGAGCAAAGGCGAGGAAACGGUUGAGAAGAGAGUCUUUUCCAUGACUGAACGAUUACCACCCAUCCAGUCCAUGGUCCACACUGGUCCCUUUCACAUCCUUGUGGUCUACUGUGGUGACCUGUGCCUGAGGCUCUUUGGGGACCACUUUCGGUCAUUCAAAUCCCUGUGUGUAGUACCCUGCCGCUUCAACAUUUCCUGCCUCUGCUAUGACCCAGAAAUGAAGAUGCUUCUGUCAGGUGUCCUGGGAGCCGUGGUCACCUGGAUCAUCGAGCGAAGUGGCAAGGGCCUUCAGAUAGCCCACGUGGUUUUCAUGCCUGGUGAUGAGCUUGUCCAGGACAUCAUCCUGAAUGGUCCUAAUGGCUCCCUCCUAGCCCUGUGUGAGACUGUGGUGAGGGUCCUGGAGCGUCAAGGCCAUGGCCAACUAGAAGAAGUCAACAGGUUCGUGUCCACCAGCAGUGGCUCCUCCAUCACCUGCUGCUUUACCUGUUCUGAUCAAGGUCUCCUGUAUGCUGGGAACAAGACGGGGGAAAUCCAAGCAUGGAACCUCAACCGGGCUCACUUCAUCCAUAGUUUCAAGGCCCACUUUUCAUCAGUGAUAUGUAUCCAUAGCCGGCCGGAAGCCCAUACCCUGCUAACAGCUGGCUGUGAAGGCUUAAUCAAGGAGUGGAACCUGACUUCUGGAAGUCUGCUGCGGCGGCUAGAACUAGGCGAGAGCUUGCUCCGUCUCCACUUUAUUGAUGAUACUACUUUCUUCUCCCAGACUGCCCAUAGUUUUUCCUUGCGCCGUAUACCAUGCUUCUAUAGCCUUUUCAGUGUUUGUGGUUCUACUCCCUUGCAGGUGCGUCGCGUCUGCUGUGGAAAUAACUGGUACCGGAUCGUGUGCACCACUGAGGAUGGCUUGUUGCGUUUUGUGGCCCCACAAACAGGGGAUCUCCUACUUCUCACCUGGCCUUUCUCAAUCCUGGACCAGACAGUGGAUUGGGCCUAUGACCCAGAUAGAGAGGAGCUUUUUGUGGCGACAGGCAGCUCAGAGGUGUUGGUAUUUGACACAACACGCUGCCCUUGUCCAACCAAGUAUAUCUUAAGCACCUCACCAAAUUCUCAGGACUUGGUACAAUGCCUGGCUUAUGGGACUUUCCACUUGGGUCGAGGUCUAGAAGGACUGAUGUUCUCUGGGCACCGGAGCGGUGUGGUAAGAGUACUCUCCCAGUACAGCUGUGCCCGAAUAGAGAAAUUCAUGCACUUUGGGGCUGUAUUGGCCCUCUCUACUCUGGCAGGAGGGUUUUAUACUGACCAAGAAAACUCUUUGCUCUGUUCCUAUGGAAUGGAUGACUAUAUACAACUAUCAGAGGCUGUGUUUGACGGGACUAGAUUAUAUCUACAACCUCUCGCCAGCGUUCUUAGCAGCUGUCCCCUAAGACACCUGAUACUCUUGCCCAAGUCUGUGGGUGCCAUCACAGAGACUAACUGCCUACGUCUCUGGAAGUUCCAUGACAUCCUGUCCUCUGAGUCACAGAAAGGCUCUGUGUUCAUAGAGACAUUGCCUCUGCACCAGUGCCCCAUCACAUCCUUUGAUGUCUGUCUGUCCCUGAGUCUUUUCGCCACGGGUGGUAUUGAUGGUUCUGUCCGGAUCUGGGAUUUCCAUGGCAGGCUCAUAGCCAUGCUGGAUUCAUCAUUGCAUUUUGGCCCACUCUGCUUUGCAAACGACCGGGGCGACCUACUUGUGACUUUCAACCAGAGUCUUUAUCUGGUAUCUUGUUUAAAAUUGCUUCCUCCAAACAUGCUAGUUCGCCUUUCCUUUAUGAGCAUAACAGAUGAAGAGUUAGAAACCCCUAAGCCUUUCCUGCCAAGCUUCUUCUUCUCCUUUGAGAUCAUGUUUGUACCCAAGUAUGUCUACCUGGGACAAGGGAAACAGGAAUUAAUGGGCCUGCAGAGACUUGUCAAUAGGCGGGCCAUUGCCUUUGACCAUACUGUACCACAUGUCAUAGAAGAAGAGGAGGAAGGGGGCAUCCUAUUGCUGUCUACCCGCAAACAUGAUUCUUUGCAGGAGAAGGAUACUAAUUUGCAGGUGAAUGACCAAGGUUACCAUUCCCACUAUGUGGUUCCUCCCCAACUACAGAUGACUGGCUGGGAUGGACUCAACCCCUAUAAGAUAUUGCAAUACUAUUUUGGUCAUGGACGGAAAUGGUUCUUUGCCCCUGAUGGCUACAUCCCCAAUUCGGUGAUCCGUGCCCGUCUUUGGCCAGAGGGCAGCCCAAUAUACUUACAGUGUAGCCUGCACCCACCCCAGCGGGAAUUAGAAUGGGACAGAACUCAUCAGUUCUUUUUCUGGCACAGUAGGACAAGAGCUAUAAGCAAUGUGGAAGGAAUUGCACAAGAGAAGGAGGAUAAAAGCUUCAUAGGGAUGAGAAUGUCCAAGGACAUAACCUACAACGUCAUUACAGAAACAGCAAACCGCAGUUGGCUGGGAAGAAAGAUGAGUGAAAUAGCUAUUAAUAGCCUGAUUGAGACAAUCCUCAAUAUUAUGAGCCAUGCAUCCCCAUUGAAGUUCCAAUACUGUGUUGGUGCGCUAGGGCAAAUCUUUGCCUCUUAUCAAGUGUCUCCGUCCCUGCGCUCUGAGACAGCCCAUUGCCUUCUGGAUGAUACAGCCAAUUCUAACCCACAGAUCAGAGAACUAGCCUGGGAAGGGCUGAAGCGCCUAGGGAUGAUUACUCACCUGUUCGCCAUCCCUCUAGCCCAAGGAUUGAUGGACAAGGACCAAAGGGUGAGGAAUAAAGCCCUGAACCUCAUGGAUGAGACUGGAAUUCACUCUAAGUCUUCUCUCUUAUGCUUGAUCCAGAACCGAGAAACUUUCCGGGACAUGCAGCAGGAAAUGAUUGGGGAGGAAUCUUUGGACCACCUGCUGGGGAUGCGGGCAGCAGAUCUUCAAAUCCUUCUUACUCAAGUGUUGCAACGGCUGAAUGAAGACUUGACCCUGUCACAUGGAGUUGAAAGGCCUUCUUUUUCUUUGCAUGUCUCAAAAGGUUCUGAACUGAAGUUCUAUGAAAAGCAAUCUCUCAGUAUUCCUGAAGAACCUGAAGUGGUCACCAAGCCCAGCAAAGGCCAAAGACGGGGCCGAGCUGGGGGAAAAAAACAUACCCGAAAGUUGUUGCGGAGUCUCAAGAAGCUAAAAGAGGGAGCCUCAGAACAGAUUAUCACAGAGCCAAGUCCCUUAGAAGAUGAAAGUGAUCAGAGUGAAGCUGUGCCAAUUGAGGUGGAGGAUACAGCCAGAGUGUUUUUACCCACAAGUACGGUAAAGACUUUAAAAGAGGUUGAGGAACCUAUCGAGAAAGAGCCGUCAAAAGAGCAUGUUGUGUUGACCCUAAAGAUGCUGAGGAAAAUACAUGACAAAAAGGACAAGAAAGUUACUGAUCAGAAACCCAUUAAAAGGUCUAAGAAGAAGACAAAAGAAGCUGAGGUGAUAACUGAGGCAUUGGAACAACCUCCCAUACCGGAAAUACCAAUUAUAAAGAAGAUUAAACCCACUGGGCGGGGUGCCUCUGGAGUGCCUGGCCACAAGACUACCACUGGGGAUGGCUCAUCAUGGAGGGAUGAUCUGUGUCGUCUCAUGGCCCUGAGGAUAUCUGGUUCCCAAACCAAAAUGUCAGACGCUCUAAGCACUGAAGUAGUAACCAUGGCUCAGGAGUUGCUGGUAGACCAACACCCCAGCUGGGAGUUCUUCCAGGAGCUCUGCCCCCUUUUAAAGAAGAAAAGCGAGGCUCUCCUAGAGGAUGUUGAAUGGGAUGUAGCCUGGCCAGAGGAGAAACCAAUUUUUAUCCAUGAAGAAGCAACUACAGAAGACAUGAUACUCAUGGAUGAGGAAGAAGAGAUCUCAGAGAGGCAAGUGCAAGAAGAAACAAGGGACAUGCAAGAGUUACAGGAGACUCAGGUGGUUACAAAGAAAGGCAAGAAAAAAAAAGUUAUAUUUUUAGAACCAGGUGACCUAACUAAGGGAAAACGAAUAUUAAGGAAAGAAGUGAAGAAAUUCCCUAAGAAGUCUUCUAAGCGAGAGAGGAGACUAGUCCAGCAGGAAGUAAAAGUGGGUAAGGAAGAGGAGGAAAUGACCAAAGAAGACAGAGACCUGAGUGAGGACGUGAGCGAAAUGGUAGAGCCAGAGUGGGAAGUUGACCAAGAAGAAAGACCAGUUGUGGAUGAGAGGAGUCUGGCUUGGCAAGAAUGGAAGAAUUCCUGGGAUCAAUGGAAACAGAUUCAAGACGAGAAAAAGAUAUCUUGGAAUGAAUGGAAGCAAGCUUGGGAUGCUUGGUGUUAUCAACAUGGGUUUGAAGAGAACCUCUUCCCAGAGGAGGAAAAGGUGGGUGUGGACAAGAGGAGGCUAACAUGGAAUGAAUGGGGACAGCUUGUGGAAAAAAAUUUGUUUUCCAGGGCCAAGGAGCAACUUUCUGAGGAUAAGGAAAAAUUGGCCCUGGAAGAAGAAUCACCUCUGGAAUGGGAAGAAGAGCUGGUCACAGAAGAGCAGAGACAUAUUCAGGAAGAACAGAAACAGGCCUGGGAAGAGAGGAAACGAGCCCAAGCAGAAAGAAAACGAGCCAAAGAAGAGAAGAAACUAGCAGAAGAAGAAGAGAAACUAGCACAAGAAGAGAGAAAACUGGCCCAAGAAGAAAAAAAGCUGGCCCAUAAAUUUGGAGAAUUGGCCAUGGAACAGGUAGAGAGGAAACUUGCCCAGAAAGAGGAAAAGCUGGCUCAAAGAGAGGAGGAUCUAACUCAGGAAGAAGAGAAAUUGGCUCAGAAAAGGAAGAAAGUGGCCAGGAAAUGGGAGAAAUUGGCCCAAGAAGAAGAGAAACUAGCAAAGAAAGGGGGGAAACUGGCUGAGGUAAAAGCGAGAUUGGUUCAGGAAGAGGGAAAACUGGCCCCAAAGGAGAAAAAGCUGACAAAGAAAGAAAAUGAAUUGGCCAGGGAGUUGGAGAAGCUGGCUCAGGAAGAGGAUGAACUGACUUGGAAAGAAGAAGAACUGAAUCAGAAAAAGAAGAAACUGACUGAGAAAAAAAAGGAACUGCUUAAGGAAGAGAAGAGACUGAUCUGGCAAGAGGAGGAACUUGAUGAGGAAGAGAAAAGAAUUAUUAAAGAAGAAGAGCUGCUGAUCCAGGAAGAGAAGAAACUGGCUCAGAGCAAGGUAAUGACACCUGAGGAACAGAAAAGACUGUUACAGAAAAGGAUGCAACUGGCCAAUAACAAGGAGAAGCUGUUUCAGGAAAGGGAAACUCUGUACCAGGACCAAGAGAAAUUCAUGCAGAACAAGAAGAUACUAGCCCAGAAGGAGACAAAUCUGGCCCAAGAAUAUGCAAAUUUGGCUGAAAAGAAGAAAGACUUGACUCAAAGGAAAGAGACUCUCCUCCAAAACAAAGACAAAAUCACCCAGAACAGAGGGAAAUUAGAUGAUAUAAGGAAGAACCUGGACAAAUACAAGGGAAAAAUUAUUCAGUUAGAGGAGAAGCUGAUAAAGGAAAGGGAGAUAAUUACCCAGAAGAAGGAGAAAGUAAAUCGUAUAGAAAAGAAACUGGCCCAAAAAGAAAAAAGUGUGGCUGAGAAACGGGAGCAACUAGCCCAGGAAAAAAUGAAACAAGUUGUGGAGAAGAGGGCAAUGUUUCAAGAAAAGAAACUAUUCAAAGAUGAGUGGGAUAUUGCUAAGGAAGAAAUGGCAUUGAGUGUGGAAAUGAUGAAACUGGCCAACGAGAGGAGACUGGCUGAGGAAAAGGCAACUCUAGUAAAGGGAGAGACUCAAGGAACCCUUAAGCAGAGGACACAGACGGAUGACAACCUAGAAAUGAUUAGGAAAAAAUUUUCCCUAGAAGAGAAGGUAUUAAUACACAAAGCUAGGGUAUUGGCCACAGAGGGCAAGGACAUUGCCAAAAGAGAAUUGGAAUUGCUCAGAGGGAAAAGAGCAUAUGCUCAUGAAGAAAGGAAGUUAGCCAAAGCAACAAGGAAAUUGAUGAAAGAAAAGGGACACUUUCCUACAGACAGCAGUGUGUUAAAGGUACUUCAAAAACUAACCAAGGAAGAAAGGGAACUAAUACAGAAAGAAAUAGAGAUGACAAAGAUCAGGAGGUUACUCUUUGCUAAGGAGAGGAACUUAAAUAAGGAACAGAAUAAACUCGAUAAGAAAGAAUGGGAUUUUUCUAAGACACAAUUAGAAAUGACCAAAGAUGAGAAAAAACUGGCUCAGAAGCAGAGAAAACUAACCAGGGAAGUGAGAAGAUUGAUCAAGAAAGAGGAAAAAAUACUUGAGAAAGAAAUCCAAUUGGCCAAGGAAAACAGGGAAGUCACAAAGGAGAAGGAGAGAGUAGUAGAGGAAGAAAAAGUAAUCCCAUUCCCUACAACAAGGUGGAGAAUGAGAAAACGAAGAAAGAAAGUUGACAUACUAAAGGAAGAGUUUCCCUUUCAAGUAGAUCAUGUGGAAAGUGAAGAGAGUUUUUCUGAAGAAAUGGAAAGCCUUUUGCAAGAAGUUGAGCAUGAAAGUUUGUCCGAGGAGGAGGAAGAGGAGAAAAGCAAAAGCGAUGAUGAGGACGAGGAGGAGGAGGAAGAGAAGGAAGAAGAGAGGGUGGAAAAGGAGAAGAAAGAGAAAGAAGAGAAAGUGGAAAAGGAGAAGAAAGAGACAUGGAAGGAGGAAAAAGAGGAGGAGAAGGAAGAAGAGGAGGUGGAAGAAGAGGAAGAGGAAAGCAUGAGUGAGGAGGAAAAGGAAAGCAUGAGUGAGGAGGAGGUGGAAAGUUUGAGUGAGGAGGAAGAGGAGAGAAGCUCAUUUGAAGAAGAGGGGUUCAGGGGAAAAGAGAUCUUUAAAAAAGAAAAUGAACUAUUCAAGUUACAAAAAGAAAAAAAAGAAGACCUAAGAGGAAGGGGAAAAAUCCUUUCUGUUGGAGUAGAGGACACAAGCAGUGCUAUCAAAGUGGGAGUCCCCCAAGAAAGUCCCCCCAGGAAACGGAUCCCCAUAACUCUGGGGAGGGAAGAGAAGGUGUCAGUGCCGGUGUCAAAGGAACAGAUAUUCUGGGAAGAUGAAAAGUCCACAAUACCGGAGAUGCCCAAGAUAUUCUCAGAGAUAAGGUUAAAGGAUAAGCAAAAAGAACUGUUGGAGAAAUUGAAGACUAUAUCUCUGCAAGUUUUAGAUACAGUUGUGGAGACCCAAGAGCAGGACUUAAAAACCCCAGGCAUGUCCUACAUAUUUGGGAAAACCAUGGAAGCUCGGAGACUCCAACCCAAACCAUCAGGUCCCAGGUGGAAGUGGUUUUUGCAGCAUCAUAGAUCGCUAAUGGGGCAGACUGAUGUACACUUACCUGUCCCUCAAGUCCUAGGUAAAGAACAAUCUUCACAGGUAAGUCUUUCAGAUGUAGAGUGGAUCCGCUAUGUCCUGGAACGGAUGGAAGCAGGAGAGCAACUUUCCAGGGAGAGUUUCCACAGACUGUCCCACCUCCUCCAAGACCUCACCUCAGAGGGAUAUCGAGAGUGGAUCCAUCUGGCCAAACUUCAGACUAUUGUGUGCUGCCACAAGCAGGCCCUGGAAUCGCAAGGCACAGCUAUCCCCAAACCAAGUAAGACUAUCAUGGGUCCAAAACACGUGAAAGUGAUCCCUCCUAUCAAAGAAAAGGAAAAGAAGAUUCCAGAUUCAAAGACUAUAAAGUGGCAUCAGGCUCAGGAGCUAUCCAGUGCUCUCAGUGAGGUGGAGAUGCAAUAUCUUUAUCCUGCCACAGGUGGCCGUGCCUUGAUGGACAAACAAACCCAACCGCUGAUAUUUCAAAAGGAUUUCUGGACAUUAAAGGGUAAGAGCAGGCUUCCCAAAUUGGAGAAGGUACAACCCAUUGCUAAAAAAAGGGCAGAGGUGCCUAAAUGGGAAACAUUUGUGGCGUUGUACCAUGUUUUGCGGAUGUUGCAGCAGCAAUAUGCAAAUGACAGUAGUGCUUGGAUGGAAAAUUUCUACCAGCUCAUGGACCUGUACCAACUUAAAUCCCCCCGAAUCCAGAGGCUACUGCAGGAUCUGCUACUGAGACCGAAGCCCCAGCCCCAACCUGUCAUCUACAAAGAUGCCCUAAAGGCCAUGGAGCUAGUUCCUGGGGAGCGGUUGCUCUACUGCCUGUUUUGUGGUGGUUCUCACAAUCCUGCAGGUCCUCUUAAGUUCCAGGAGGUGGUGUCACUCCCGGGCCAGAACAAUGUGCGCACCAUUCUUCCCGUGGGCAUUGCCCACUAUGGGAUCUUAGAACUUGCCUGGAAGAGCCUACCUCAAGCUGACAGUCACCUCACCAAGAGUUUGCCCUACAUUGUCACUCCCACCCUGUAA